CCUGCUGCCUGCUGCACCAUGAGGGCUAAAGCCUCAGACAUGCACAGCAAGGACUGCGUCAAAGUGGCCGUCAGGGUCCGACCCUUCAACAAGAGAGAGAGAGAUGCAGGCAGCCACUGUAUUAUUUCCAUGGUGACCAGCUCCAUCACCAUCCAGGACCCGCGAGACCCUCAGAGCCGCCGCUCCUUUUGUUUCGACUACGCUUACUGGUCCCACAGUGGCUUCACUCGUGACCACAGCGGCCUCUGUGUGCCCGAAGAGCCCGGAGGACGAUAUGCGGACCAGGACAGUGUGUUUCAGGACUUAGGAGAGGGAAUCCUGGAGAAUGCACUGCAGGGAUACAAUGCCACUCUCCUGGCCUACGGGCAGACCGGCUCAGGGAAGAGUUACUCCAUGGUGGGCUACGGGCCAAACAAAGGCCUGGUUCCUAAACUCUGUGAGCGACUGUUUCAGGCCAUCAGAGAGAACCAUGACUCACGACAGUGUCAGGUCUUUUUCAGUAUGUUGGAAAUCUAUAAUGAGCAGGUGGUGGACCUGCUGUCUCGGGGGUCUCGUACCCCAGGGGGACUCAGAGUCAGAGAGGAGCAGCAGAGAGGUUUCUAUGUGGAGGGUCUGCGAACAGUCCCAUGUGACAGUGCACCACAGGUGGAGCAGCUGAUGGAGCAGGGGACAAGGACCCGGACCACCGCUGCCACUCACAUGAAUGCAAACAGCAGUCGUUCCCAUAUGCUCAUUAUCCUCCAGCUCAAACAGAUCUUCUCCAAAGAGAGCAUCACAAAGCAGUCCAACAUUAACCUGGUGGACCUGGCCGGCAGUGAGCGUCAGAGGUCAUCAGGGUCAGAGGCAGAUAGACUCAAAGAGGGCACGGCCAUCAACCUGAGCCUCACCACGCUGGGAAACGUCAUCAGCGCCCUGGCUGAUGUGGCCGUGGGCAGGAAGGUGAUCCACAUACCGUACAGAGACUCAGUCCUCACCAAGCUGCUGCAGUCUGCACUGGGAGGAAACAGUCGCACUGUCAUGAUUGCAACUCUGAGUCCUGCUGACAUCUGCUAUGAGGAGUCCCUCUCUACCCUGCGCUACGCUGAGAGGGCCAAACGUAUCCAGAACCGAGCUGUGGUGAACGAGAGCCCGACAGAGCGUCUGGUUAAAGAGCUAAAGGCAGAGAAUGCCCGGCUGCUGCAGCGCCUGAGCCGGCUGGGUCAGGAGGGACGCAGAGCCAACGAUGAAACCAAGGAACUCCGUCAACUGCUGACUCACAACGAGCUCCAGAUCAGAGCCAUUCAGACUCUUUGGGAACAACAUCUGCAAGAGGCGCUGAAGGACUGGGAGCAACAGUAUGCUAACAUCACACAGGAGAGAAGGAUGAUGCAAAUGCACCCCUACAUCCUCAACAUCAAUGAGGACGCUCAGCUGUCAGGGGUUGUCAAGCUGUUCAUUCAGGAGGGCGAGUGGGACAUCGGCCUAUGUGACUCUUCCACAACAUCAAUCUCUAUCAAGGGUUUAGGCAUUCAGGAGCGUCACGCUGUGUUCAGGAACGAACAGAGGCUGGUAACACUCACCCCGCUGGCAGGGUCAAAAGUCAUUAUAAAUGGCUAUGUGGUCUCCCAGACAACUGAGCUUCAACAUCUGGACCGUCUCAUCCUCGGUUCCAACUGCACCUACCUGUUCAUUGGCUAUCCCUCUGAGAGGGGCGGGGAUGACUGGAGUCGCUACGACUACGACUACUUCCAGUCAGAGCUGGCUGCCGCAGAGGGCAUCCACCUGGGUGAGUCGAGUGCCGGGUCCAUUCAGGCUGACCCCAGUCUGCUGGCCGUCUUCUAUGACUACAUCAAACUGAUGCCCAUGGUGGCAGAGGCCAACCAGAUGAGUCAGGAGCUAAACAAGGGGGUGGUGUUUAGGUUGGAGAUAAAGAAUUUGGCACUCUCUGACUCAAGAGGCCAUGAUCUGGAGAAAGAGAUUGUGGUCAGAGUCACUGCGUUGGUAGGAAAACAGGUGUGGUUAUGGUCCAAGGCUAAGUUUGUGAACCGUAAAUUCCUGAUGGAGGAAGUUUACCAGCAGCAUCAAACUGAGAGCGGAGGCAAUAGAGUAGAGAGGCUGUCCACUGCUGCAUUACCCAGAGAUAAAGACCCCUUCUGGGAUCCUGUGGAGCCUCUGCUCUUGGGGACGGCUCACCUCUGGCUUCAGUCUUUGGCCUUCCGCAUCCCUCUGGAGGAGCAGCUCGAGGUGCUGGGGUCAGAAGGAACAGAGGAGGCUAUUCUACAAGCACAGCUGGUUCCCUGCACCUCCACAGGACUUCCUCUGGGCGAGGAUGACAUUCUAAUUGACCCGUCUGAGUUGCUUGGUCGACGGCUUGACUUCCAGCUGGUCCUGGAUCAGUGCUGCGGCCUUCGCUGGAUCAGAGAGACCCGUAAUAGAGGGGUCCAGAUUGGGUUCAGGUUAUUUGACUGUAGCCAGUCUCUCUACACUCCGGCUGUGUGGCACAACGUCAACCCUCUGCUGGAUCACAGAGUCCACUUCUCCUCUCUCCACACCUCCCAACGUCUGCUGGACUACCUGCAGAGCAGCGCCGUGGUGCUGGAGCUCUGGGGCCUUCAAGAGGGUUGUACUGAGCUGAUAUCAGCUCUGGAGGGAGUGAGGAUGACUACAGAGGGCAUCUUUAUCAUCGAGGAGGGAGGCACAGCGGAUACAGCACCUAUAGACUCAGCAGAGCUCAGCUGUUCAGUGAGAGCUCUGCAGCAGGACAUGGAGGAACUGAAGAAUGUCAAUACUUCACUGAGAAAAGAAAACGAAAGUCUGAGAGAACAACUCAACACAGCCAGGAAUGGUGGGGAUAGUGUGCGUGGUCGCUCGGUGCGUCCCAGCUGUGAUGCAGAGUUUGCUCGAGCCCUGAAAGUUUUCUAUCACAGCAUGACCUCAGUGAGGGGUCAGCUGCAGCGUCUGCGCAGACACAGACCCAGUGAGGAGUCUGACCUUCUGGGGCUCAGGUUGUUUGUGGACGAGCACUGUCGGCUGCUGAGGAAUUUCUCUGAGCAACUUGAGCAGAGCGUCUCCACACUCAAACAGGAAGUGGCUGCCAUCGUCCGCCGGAAACGAGAACGAUCAGGAAUCUGGUCGUGACUGAGUGACAGCUUAUAGAAA